UAAGACAUUACAAACAUGGAGUUGGAGAAUUUGGAGGAUUCGUCGAUACUUGAAUCCGCUGGAUAUGCAAAUUUAGCACUUUACAAAGCGACGCAACCUACUGAGGUGGAAGUUGAAGUUGAUUCCUCCAGUCUUGGCACUAUCAAGAGUAACGAGACUGGCCCUGCUCCUGAAGACGAAGCGGCGAAACAUUGUGUGGGGAAAAAGGCUUCUGCACUGACCGCUGAAGAGUAUUCAAAGGCGAGAGCAAUUGAAAAUGAAGAGUUCCUCGCAUCCGGAUUGCACGCAGUUGAAUCUCUGGCACCCUUCAGCCUAAAAAGAGUCUACGGAAGGCUGGACAACGUUCCGGUUCUAAACUUUACUGGGAUCUUUACUGGGAUUGUGUACGCAAGUUCCAAUAUAGUGAUACUCUACGACUAUAUAGAUAACACUCAGAAAUGUUUACAAGGACACCGCAACACCAUUACAUGUCUUCAAAUGGAAACCAAAGGACGCUUUAUUGUGUCUGCAGAUGCUGGGAAGCGGAGUUUAAUAAUUGUAUGGGAAUGGACGAACAAUGAAAUCAAACCAUUAAAGUAUUUCCCAAAUUCUCAUGAUGGAAAUGGCUGCCUUUUCGCAUGUUUUACUGGAAUGGACUUUAUCUUUGCUUCAAUUUCUUCUGUCGGUACAGACGAAGUGGGAAAGCAGACGAUAAGUUUUUGGGACUAUGAACCAAAGGACCCUGAGAAAAUUCCAAUAUUUACAGAGACAUUCCCCAAGACCACCAGUGUCAUCCGAGAACUCACAUUUCUGGAUGGGAAGCCAGAAUUUUUUGCCGCAACCGGGGACAGAAAUGUUAUCUUUGGAACAUGGCGACGAGAUAGGAAAAGUGAAUCAGUAUUCUUACACAAAGCACGACUUCGAACGUCGUUCAUCUUGAAAUACAAGCGUUUUUCCUCGUCUAUAUGGAUGAAGAAGGGGGAGUGGCUAGCAACCGCAACUGGAGCAGGGUACGUCGUAAUCUGGGGACCUCCUGUUAUCCUGGCGCUAGAGGAUCCCCCAGAUCCCAUCAAAAAUAUUAAAGAAUAUCAGCGUUCCUUUAAACUAUGUGAAGAUGGGAUUACUGUAUUUCAAAUUUACAAAGAGUACGUCGUUGUUGGAGAUGAAGUUGGAAUUGUUCGAUUCUUUGAUCAUGAAUUCAAGUUGCUGCGGUGGUGUCGGAAUUUCAAUUUACCUGCAAUUUAUAGCAUUUCAUUCAAUCGAAGUGAAGAUGUUCCAGAGUUUAAAAAACAAUUUCGUCAAAAAUUUAAUACCGGAGACAUCAACUACCCAACAACAAAUAAAAAUAGCCGAGCAAAGGAUUACACACGGGGAGGUUCUAAGUUCAAACAAGCUUCCAAAACGACACUACCUCGACCACCAAUGCCAUGUCCCGAUUUUGUAAUUGGUGUGGCCGGUGGGGAUGUUUAUUACUACCACUUUAAUGAAGAACAACAAGACCGUCUUGUUCGUGGGUCGCCAGGCUCAUUUAUUGCAUGUGAUGCCUGUCCAGGCUCGAACCACGUCGCAUUUACAACUGCAAAAGGAGAUGUUCAAGUGUACCAUUACAUCACUCAUCAGCUAAUAUUCAGCGACAGAGUUUUUGCGGCGAAUAGUCGUAUUACAACUAUGAAAUUUCAUCCUUUUGGGCAAAUUUGCGCAUUCGGGCUUUAUGAUGGAAGAAUAAGCUUUCGAUGGAAUUAUACCUGGAAGACAUCAAUGCCCCCAAUGGUGCUUACGCCUGAUCCCAUUGUUCGUAUAGUUUUCAGCGUCGAUGGUCUGCACAUGGCGUACAAUGAUAAAAAUCAAACUGUUGUCGUUAUGAAAUAUCUUCCAAAAGGACAUGGCUGGAUGGUGCUAGGAAAAAGUAAAGCUCAUUUCAUGUCAAUUGUGGACUUACAGUUUUUUGUUGAACCCGAAGGCACAUGCAAUCGUCUCUUCACAAUGAGUUUGGAUCGACACUUGAUUGAGUACGAUAUUGAUAGAAGUGCUGAAGACACUGGACUAUACAUUGUCAAAAUUACAUGUUUGGAGCAAACGGCAACUCCAACUGCAAUGGUUUUUGAAGGGCCACAUGAACUAGGAAUUGACUGCAUUACUCUGGCAAACAGUAUUAAUAAAAUCAGACUAUUUUCCUUGGAAGAUGAGAAAAUCAGGAAAACUGUGUCAGCGCCCGUUUUCGGAAGGGAUAAAGGAAUCAAAAGAAUGAUAGCAUUUCCAAUUCAACUUACUGAAGAACGGUUUAAAACAUUCAUCGUGUAUAUUGUCAAGAACAAACUUGGGUUAAUGGAUACCCCAUUAGACGGAAAUCCUCAUAAAUACAUGGCUGUUUACACCCAUCCUCGAGAUAUCGUCGAUGUUGCUGUUCUGCCAGAUCGAGAGCGAAUCUUUACGAUUGGAAAGGAUGACAACGCUGCGUUUGUUUUUUCUGCGUCGCCAAAAGCAGUUGAAGCGACAGUUCUCAUGGGUGGCUCAGGAAUUACGCCUUUUUAUCACACCAUCAAACGACACUGGGGUGGAGCCUGUCAAGACGUUAUCAAGGAUUUGGACAUGAUUUUCUUUUUCCUCAAUGUAAAACGUAUCGACAAGCAGACCGAGCUGUAUAGAAUGAACAGAAAUAUCAGACUUUGUGAAAUUUCUGCCGUGUGUAGAGCUUGUGGAUUCUUUCCGUCAGAAUAUGAGGUUGGACUAAUGAUGGAUGAAGCGAGACGGAUUAAACUAGCAUCACAAACAUACACGGAUGACUUUGCAACUGAAUUUUCUUUUGAUGAAUUUGUAAAACUUUUUGUCAACCACUUUUAUAGAACAACUGACGAAGACGUUGACGAAGCUUUCAAGACUUUGGGGUUCGAAGGUGAACAGGAUCAACCUUAUAUUUGCAAACACGAUUUUGUCAAGUAUCUUACAACUGAGGGUGAAAAAAUCUCAUCAAAUAAUUUCCCCAUUUUCUUUGACGCCAUGUAUGAUGUCAGAGUGCCAGGAGAAUUUGGGGAUGUAAAAUGCCACACAGUGCUGACAGAAGUACAAUCAAGUGGCUCCAGCUCGACAUCAUCUAUAACUGGUGCGAUCAAGAAGGAUGAGGAGGAAGAAAGCGAGUUCGAGUCAUUUUCUUCAGGCUCUAGUUCCACUCUAUCCGAUGAUGAUGGCGACGAACUAGACGAUGAAGAGGAGGACGAACAAGAACAAGACGAACUCGAAGCUGAAAACGUUGAGGAGGAAGAUGUGGGUGACAAAGAUGACGAUCAGCAGGACGCUAGAAAAUCACUUAUGCAAGAACAGCGCAAUUCAAACGUUGAACCAUUUGAGGAAGAACAAGAGGAUAAUAGUGGAGAAGGUGUUCAGAUGAUCGAAGAGCUGGGAGAAUUUGAUAACGAAGAGAUGAAAGAUUUUGAUGUACCAGAAGACGACGAAGAAUUGGUUGAUUUACCUGAAAGAGUGGACCUUAUGUAUUUCCUUGAAAAAAUGCUACCGUCUGAAUGUCAACAGACGAUCCGGUGGCAACCCAACGUUGACAUGGACAAGGAAGAAACAGACCUCUCAAAAAAACCGGAUGCAAAACUGGCAAAGGAAGAAAAGAUAUUCCUUAAUUCCAUUCUUAAACAAAUGGUUGAUCCAAACUUUCCAGUUCCUAGAAAAUUGCUAAAUUCUCUUUAUGCUGAAUUUUAUUUGCAACAUGGAAACUUUUCGGUCCCACCAGAUAUUAGAUUUCCUGGGAUUAUUUUACCAGGUGACAACUGGUAUAAUGAAUCUGAACAGACGGAAGGCACCUCCAAGACCAGCCAUUCUUCUAGCAAUAAUGCAGCAGCAGUAGCAGCAGAACACGAUGAAGAACAGGUCAACGUUAUUGACUUGGAACAAGAAGGCCAUGAUGAAGAUGAAGAGGAUGAAGUAGUCGACCAAGAUAAGGACGAAGAGGAGGAAGAUGAAGAUGAAGACGAAGAAGGGGAAGAUGAAGAGGAGGAAGAUGACGACGAAGAGGAGGAUGAAGUCGACCAAGAUAAGGACGAAGAGUGGAAAGAUGAAGACGAAGAGGAGGAAGAAGUCGACCAAGAUAAGGACAAAGAGUGGGACGAUAAAGACGAAGAGGAGGAAGAAGUCGACCAAGAUAAGGACGUAGAGUGGAAAGACGAAGCGGAAGAAGAAGUCGACCAAGAUAAGCACGAUGAAGACGAAGCGGAAGAAGGAGUUGACAAAGAUAAGAACGAAGAGUGGAAAGAUGAAGACCAAGAGGAGGAGGAAGAUGACGACGAGGAGGAGGAGCUUGAAUUAAAUGACUGAAUUGGAAAUAUAUUCUAUUUUCUAAACGGUUUUAAAUAAAGAAAUGACUACUAGUAUGUACAUCCAA